AUGGCGUCGAAGACCACCGUGAGUCCCUCGGCUCUCUAUCUUAUGUUCGGGAGCUUCUGCCUGGGUAAGACGGCCGAUAUGUCGGCUUUCAAUAACCCCAGUCAUGGGCCGCCGGCCGCAGAUUUUGCUGCAGCAGACUCGCUGCCGGUCUCAGUCCUUCAGGCAGCAGCUGCAGCAGCUAGCGUAGUUCCGAAGGAUGCAACAUACCCCUUUAGCCUGGGUAGCUCGGAAAAGUCUACCAUACACAGCGACUGGGUAUCCUUCAAAGAGGGUGCUGCUUUGUCCUGGGUAGCUGAUAUGGACGUGGAUUGCGAUGGAGUUAACCAUAAAUGCGAGGGAAACCAAGAUGGCCAGCCCCAGACAAAUUGGGGGGCUCUGUCUGCAUAUGCAGUGCCUUACAUCGUGAUCCCCGAUAGGUUCCUAGCUGCAAAUAAGGAUAUUCUGCCAGGAAAUAAUAUUGCGGCUGUGAUUUGUAAUGGAAAGAUGUACUAUGGGAUCCUCGGCGACUCUAAUGGGGAUGACCCCCAAAUUACCGGUGAAGCGUCAUGGCUGAUGGCGAAGACAUGCUUCCCCAACGAUAAUCUCCAGGGAAACAAUGCCCAUUCGUCUAAAGAUGUUACUUAUAUUCUUUUCACUGGCGAACGUGCUGUUCUCCCUGAUAACGUCAUGGACAAGACGUAUAUCACAGAUUUCGACACCCUGAGAACUAUGGGCGACAAGCUUGCCAGGGCUCUUGCCUCGAACUUGGGCACGCCAAAUUCAACCGAAUCCGAAUCCGAAUCCGCAUCUGCAGCUGCAAGCUUAUGGGCUGGACGGGAAGGCAAGUCAUUCCGUAGCCCCGACUCCAACCGGUCUCGCAUGCGCAACAACUCUGGGAUAUCUUUCCCAAUGAUCACAAUUCUAGGCGACGGAUCGAGGUCUCUAGGAGGCUGUGCCACAUGCCGUAGCCGUCAUGUGAAAUGUGACGAAACUCGUCCCUCGUGCUUAGUGUGUCGAAAUUUGGGCCUGACCUGUGAAAAGUACGAGAUUAGGCUCGUGUUUGAUGUAAUUGACACGCAAGGUUCACGAUGCCGUCGGCCUUUGUUCACCGAAGACAUGCGGCAGAGGAUGAGUGAACAGCUGGUAGACAGUGUGAAUCCAGACGACGCAGCCACUUUGUUGCUUCAGAUUGAUGAUCGUUGUGAAGAACAGGAGCAGCAUCCUGAUGGCCAUUUCCAUACCUGCCUUGGGCCAUUUGGUGCCUUUCGCACACCUCAGUCAGAGCUUAAGCCUACGGACGCGCUGGCAUGCCCUCCCAUGACGUCCCCUCCAUUUCAGCAGGUUCCUAUCGCGGAUGACUUCAAUACGGCGUUUGAGGAUGCUUUGAUCCAUGACCCUCUGAUGGAAUGUCUUUUUGGGGGAAUAGAUGUAAAUCCCGCAGGCGACUUCCAAAUGGAAAGCUUCUUCAACACCACUGGGAUAGAAAAUCACGAUCGUUCAUCACAGCAGCCUGGGACUGAGGGCUCAGAAAUGUUGAUGGGACUGUCAUCAUUGUCCCAAAAUAUCCAGUACACACCGACUGUUCCCAAUCUGGCUCCUCCGGAUGCGCCUUUUCUAUUAUCAGUAUAUAAAAACCAGGUGAUCAGAUUAUUCUCCCCGGUCCAAUCCAGGAAGUCUCCCUGGCAGAUUCUGCAUGUGCCGAGUGCCAUGGGAACUUUCGCUCAAUUGACCAUGGGGGAGCAACCAGGUAAUGCACAGUUGUGUAUCUUCUAUGCAAUUCUAGCUACUGGUGCUUACAUGCAGCGCGCAAUUUCAACAUCGCAAGGGCAUCGUGAAUACUGGCAAAAGCAAUCAGAGUCAUAUGCUGUUUCCGCGCAGAACUAUCUCAAGAUGGCGCUUCGAGAUAUGUCAAUUACCCUGAAAAGGAGUAAAUACAAAGACAUCCUCAUCGCCUUGAUGUGUAUGAAUACCGUCUUCGCAUAUCAGGGCAACGAAGAUCGCAUUAGGAGAUGCCUGUUGGAUUGCGAAAAUUGGAUUCGCUUCCGCGGUAUACCCAAGACACGGAAAUCACGGAAAGUGCGACUGUUACAUCACUGCUAUGUGUAUCUCCGCAUCUUCUACGAGAGCACAUCAGUGUCGCACGUAAGGGGAUCUAGUGUACAACAAGAAAUGGAUGCGUCGCCCGAUACCGUUACGUCCGUGGCUUCUAGUCGCUCUUUUCGCCUUCGACAAUGGGAAGGCCGACUCGAUCAGAGAAUGAAUGAACUGAAAGAACAGCAUCUGGGCGAGAAUGACAUUCACCUUGAGAUUCCCGGUCGAUGGGAUUCUACAAUGUACCCUCAUGCGUUUGCUAUGCCAGAGACUCUUUUAUUCUUAUUGUCUCAAGUGACGCGCCUCGGGAAUGAGCGAGACAUGUCCGAUCUAGACGGUGGGUCAAGUAUCCUGGACUUUAGACAGUUUUCUUCGCGAGCGCGUAGUCUCGAACGGUAUAUAUGCACAUGGAGACCUCCUUCCACCCCUUUCCACGGCGAAGACGAUGAAGACGACUUGAAUAAUAAUAAUGGUGACUUCCAGACCAACUCUACACUGAGCAAUCAUAUGGUUCUUGCUCUGCACAAAGCAUUGCUGAUCUUCUUCUACCGGCGAAUAUACGACGUGGAUCCAACGAUACUGCAAGAUAAGGUCUGGCAGAUUCAAGACUCUCUGUCGCGAUGUGAUUGCGGCGAUAUCCCUACCGCCCCUCUGCUAUGGGCUGCAUUUGUCGCAGCAUGUGAAGCGCUUGACCCGGCCCUACGAGACUGGUUCACAAAUUGGUUUAAUAGGUCGUUCAAGGCAAGUGGGUUACAGAACUUCAAGUUCGCCCUGAAUAUAGCCACGCAAGUGUGGGAAAAGCAAGGGCAAUCCUUGAGUAGUGAUAAUAGUACUAGCUGGGCGCAGGUUAUGCGGGACAGCGGCUUGACAUCAGCCGUUUCAGGAGGAGAAUGGCCAGACUACUCUAUUUGCCUAGGGGCAGAGCCCAAAUCUAAUGGAAGAGAUUCCAGCCCAGAUGGAAGCUGUCCGAAACAGCAGCAGAAUAGAAAGGUUGCAUGGAAGGGGCUGUCCGAGUGCCCGGGAGCGCUCAGACACCUCUUGUUUAGACUUGUCGAUUUACGCAAGAAUAGCAUGGCAGGCGAAGUUCAGCUGCCCCAGACGCUUCCGGCGCGCCGCAAAAACACAAUACCGGAUACAUGCGACACCAUCAGCAGCAACAAGGAGUCUACUGAGAAUGUGAAAUCGGAGUGCGAAGACACCCCUCAAGUACCCGCUCGCUCCGGCUCUGAUGGUGAACAAACCUAUCCAGAUAUGAGUGACAUGAGUGAGACAGAGGGCUGCUGGGACUAUUCGGAGGAGUUUUGUACAGAAUCGGACGAGCCACGCCCUAUUUGGGAACCUGAACGUCGCUAUGACUGGGCUGACGAUGAUGAAGAUUGGAUUGUCGAUGAAUUAGCAAUAUGGAAAGUACAGCAGAAAGAAGAGAACGGAUGCCCUUCACGGCAGGGAGCUGAAGAGCAACAGCCAUUGCAGCAAGGGGAGGCUAAGAGCGAUGUUAACAAAAAUGUAUCAAAUUGA